AUGCCUCCUGAGUCUAAGCUCCAAUCGAUCCUCCUCGCCAAACACUGGUUUGGCUUUGAUCUAGACGACACACUCCAUGAAUUUCGAAAGGCAUCCUCGCAAGCGUCCCAAGCUGUCUUUGAUGCGAUCCACUCGAGCCGCCCUGAGAUAUUCUCUGAAGAUCUUCAAGCCACGUAUCAAGGUAUUCUGCGCAGCGCCACAGCGAAUGCUUUCAUCGAUGGCCGAACAUCAACAGACUACCGCCGCGAAAGAUUUAGCCAAUUAUUGCAGGCAUAUGAUGUGAAUCCCGAGUCAGACCCAGGGGUAAACGGCGAGAUCAGUUCUUUGCUAGACACAUACAAAUCAGUUCUGAAAUCGAACCUAGCCACAAAGUCAGGCGUCAUAGACUUGAUGCAGGAGUUGCGACGACUCGGCAAGAAGAUCAUUAUUAUCACGGAGGGACCGGCAGAUGCUCAAGAGUGGACGGUCAAAGAGUUAGGCCUGCAGCGUUAUGUUGAUAUCUUGGUCACUACUAAUGAAGUUGGGAGGUCUAAACUGGAUGGGUUACUUGGCGUUAUUCUGCAGAAAUACGGUAUUUGUGCGGAUGAUAUUGUCUACUUUGGGGAUAAUCCUGUUCGUGACAUAGAACCUGCUCAAAGAGAAGGCAUCUUGGCUAUACUUUAUAGCGAGAAGCAGGAAAAGCGUCUGGAAGAUCUUCGCUCGUUGAGGAUCGAUUCUUGGGAAACUCUACGGGGUAUAGUCACUCUUGUGUGA